CUCUCCGCUUCGGCCAUGAGUGUCGCAGCGCUGGUUUCUCCCGCGCCGCCGCCGCCGCCUCCGCCCCCCGCCGCUGCCGCCGCUGCCUCCGCCGCUGCGCUGCCCGCCAGCACGGGCCCCACCGCCGCCGCCGCCGAGAGCUUCGAGGAGGAGGAGCUGGACAGCCCCGCCGAUGAAGAGGAUGGAGAGCGUAGCGGCCGCGAGCGGGAUUCUGACGAAGACAUGCUAUGGACCACCUGAAUGAAGCUUGUGGACCGCAGUUUGGGAACCCCUGUGCUGGUACAUUUGAAUUAGCAAUGGUCACUCAGCACAUGAUUUGCCACACAGUCACACGUUUGCUUGUAAUGGCUUAGUGUGGAGCUUUCCCCUGUUUCUCCUGCUUAUUUCACCUGUGUUUUUUCCUGCUGUUAUAUUUUUAACCUUUCAUUUUUAUACUUUUAAUUAGAUUUGUAUUAGAUUCUUUGUUUAUCU